UGCUGUUGGUCUUACAACCGGUGACUCAAUAACUUGGGAAUAAAAUCGAAUAUUGAUAAUAAAAAAAACCAGCGAAACCCAGUGUUUAAUUGUCAAAGCCUAGCUUUUUUAUCCACUUGUACUUUCAAAAACAAAAUAUUCUACAACCUCGGAGUGAUGUGGCUUUUGUCUUCAAGUGGCUCACCUUGUCGAUGAUGUAAUAAGGAUACGUUUGUACACCUAUGCUUGACAAUUGUGGUUGAGAUUUAAUAGAUAAAACGUUAUGAAGUGCAUUUGGCAAGUGGAAAUCGUCAUCAGAUAAAUAAAAUAAUUACCGAUGCAGCUUGCAGCCAGUCACAGACCGCAUCCACCCCCUCCUGUGCCUCCUCGACCAAGCAGACAAGUGGUUGCAGAAGCCCUAAAGUCCACUCCAAGGCCACCCUGUCCCACCCGGCAAGCACCACCUCCACCCAAUACAAAACCUUGGAGACCGGGUGACAAACUAUGCACUCCUGCAUCAGCUGGUCGUACAGUUAUUUACCAAUCGUCCAAAAUAACAGGCGAUCAGGUAACAAAGUGCAGUCAGCGCUCAAGUGAUCUGGAGAAAAGGCAGGAAUGUCGUAGCAGCAGUGAAAGGAAUGAAAAUUAUCGGAGGAAUGAAAGGCAACGCCAACAACAACAACAACAACCAACUGAACUGAUUGUAAAUAGCAAUGAUAAUGUUACCGAGUUUUUGAACAAGACAGAAUUCCAGAGGAAUAGUUUAGACAUUGUUGUUACAAGCCAGAAGGAUGUGACAAAUGCCUCAGAACUAGUCAGAGCCCAAGGUACUGAAAUUAUUCACACGGAGGGCAAUGACAGGCAGGUGUGUGAAGUUGUUGAUAGAAUUGGCCAGAUAGACAAUGUUAAGGAAGUAUUGGAUGAAGGGGACGCAUUUGCUAAGACAAAAAUACAAGUUAUGAAUGAUGCUGAUGAUUGUGCCAAUGUAAUUAUCAGUCAUGAUGAAUUAGAACACUCAUUAUUACCGAUUGGAAGCAUCACCUCUCAAGAUUGUGCUACCGUUGUGGUGAUCGAGAAACAUGAGGACAAUAAAAUCACUAUUAGUGAAGAUAAUAAAGACAAUAUACAGCAUCAGGAUUGGCUAGAGGCUGGUGUCCGUUAUUCCUCUACGAAAAUAACACUGCUGGCUGAUGAUACGAUCAAUGAUCGUAUAGAUGAAUGUAUUAUUGAGGGGGACAAACACAUAGAUGACAGUGAAACCCAGGAGAGGAUGAAAUUUCACCUCGAUUUUUCUAGCAUACGUGAGAGAAUAGCCAUGUCUUCACUGCAGGGUUUACCCCCAUUACCAAGGAGUCUCAGUGGUUUCAAUUUGAGUGAGCUGAGGAGAGACAAUGAGCCACCACUGCCGCCAACGAGAUCAUCGAGUAAAACCUCGAAAGGUAGCAAAACACCACAGCAAUCAGGUUCCAGACCAUCGCCACCCAAUAGACAACUCACAACUCUUGACACUCAACUUGCUAUACUCAGAAAGGAAAUGUUUGGAUUACGUCAGCUAGAUUUAUCCCUUUUAUCGCAAUUGUGGUCCCUGAACGAAUCAAUCCAGGAAUUUCGUCAACUUCUGCAAGAGCAGGAAGAUCGUGCACCUUCGUCGUCACCGAGCAGUGAGGACGGAGAAGACGGUGGAUAUCAUAGACACCCUCCUCCACCUCCGAGAAGAGCGGCGCCUCUUCUUCAUCACCACAGACCACCUAGGCCACCGAGGCCACUCAGACCACCGCCCAGUGAUGAAUCACCCUCUAGCGAAGAAUAUGGAGAUGUUUGACGUACUUGAAUGCCAUUCCAAGGACGUGAGGCAGUUUUUUUUCACAUUUGUUAAUAUCGAAUGUUUAUAUAUUGAAAUUAUGUAUUUCCUUCCUCUCGAAUCCGUGUCACCGCUGCCUGAAUGCCUUUUUUAUUACCCUUCUGUCUGAUAUGCAAAUAUCUCUUGACUUUGUUCUAUUUAUACCGAUAAAUAUAUUUAUAAUUAUUGCCAACCGUGAGAAUCAUUGAUACGUUGUCUUUUUGGGCAACAUUUUUCUUAUUGUAAAUUUAAGGUCAAUCCAAUGCCUUGAAUUUAAAAAGUCAAGAAUAUCUUAAUAUGGAGCGUAUAUCAAGUUUCACGACAAGUAUGUCAAUAGAGAUCAAUAAUUAGCCGGCUUAUAAUCAAUAAUGACCUUGUCUUAGAUAAAAUGAUAAUUAAAGUGGUUCUAUCAAAAGAAAUGCUAUGUCAGGCGCAAGGGUAAAUAUUGUUAAGUAAUCAAACCGUGUUGGGCAAUUUGCAAACACUGAUCUCAUUCCGUCGCUAGGAAAUAUCCAAAAUUAUUAAUAAAUUUUGAAAAUUCCUUACACGUUUGUUCUAAGAAAAUACACAAGGGAACGGAGUUCGGAUCAACAAAAUACGGAAAAAGUAUUCCUCCCUGUACUAAUAUAUUAUUUAUAGUCUUCUGGAUUUUAUUGUUUAUAUGAUGUGAAACCUGUUAUAAAUGCAUUGGAUACGUGUGAUUUUUUUAUGAUAUGGUGUAUGAUAGAUUGAUUAAAUUGUAAAAUCUAUGGCGAUAGUUCUCGUCUGUAUAUUUUAUAUUUAAAGAGAGUCAUUAUCGAUAUGAAUGAUAAUGAAAUUUCAAUAAAGAGAAUUUUUUUAACUACAAACAAUAUAAA